AUGGAAGAAAUAAAAAAAGCACCAAUAAUAUAUGAUACAACUUUCUUCAAUGAAAUGUCAAAACCAAUUGUUAGAUUACCAGAUUUAGUACCAUUAACAUUUAAUUUACAAGAAGAUUUUGUUAAGAAAUUUCCUAUAACUUCUUUUACUACCGAUAGAGAUUUGGAAUCAUUAAAGAAAGAAUAUCUUACAAUUGAAGGUGGUAUACAUCAACAAACUUUACCAGAAAUUAGUGAACGUUUUGGUGUUAAUAUUGAUUUUCUAGGUAUCUCCGUUACGGUGCUUGGUCACACGGAUACCAGAGAUGCAUGUUGUAGAUUAGGUGCAUAUGUACCUAUAGAUUUAACAAAAGAAUUGAGAGGAAUAAUAAGUUAUUCAGCAAUUUGGGAUUUAUUACAAUUUCUUAAUAUUUGUGAUCCAGCACAAAUUGAACUCUUUUAUACUAAUCUUUCUAUUAAAAAGAUUGCUAAAGAAUUAAAUAUUACAUUAAAAUUAUUAUACAAGUUUUUAGAUAAAUUAUGUAUAAAAUUACCAUUUGGUAUUAAUACAAGAUUAAAUUUAACAUGUCUUAAAUAUCUCGAAUUAUAUACUAAUCAUUAUAAAAAAAAAUAUCUAUCCACUCAUGAAUCUAAUGAAUAUACUAUUAAUGGUACUACUACUAAGGGUAUUCCUAAUACUGAGGAUAUUAGUACCUUAGGACCAAGCACCGUUACUAAGGGAAAGGGAGCUAAUUCUACAGCUAUGGAGUGUACUACUACUAAUACUAUUACUAAUGAAUCUACUAAUAAAUCACAUAUUAAUGAAUAA